GCCACCUACGCACCCCAAGAACCCCCAGAACCCCAAAAAACCCCGCUCGGGCAGCGCAGCCCGCCCGGGACCCCCUCCCCAACCCCGCGGAGAGACCCCCGGCACGGCAGAGCUCCAGCCAUGGCCCCGCUGGGCGAGGAGACUCCGCUGAUCGGUGGCCGCUCCUGCAGCCUCUCCUCGGCCGAGACGGGCACCCUGCAGGUGUUYCUGUACCACCGGGUGCCCGCCCCGCGGGGCCACCGCGGCAGCGCUGCGGGCACGCUGAGCUUCAGCUUCGGCGAGUACACGGCCGAGGAGCUCUACAAGUCGUGCCUGCCGGCUCCGCUGCGGAGCCAGAUCCAGCAGCACAAUUUCCUGACCCGCAAACGCCUCCGGCGCCGCUUCAGCAAAUCCCUGCGGAGGCUCGGGGGCUGCCACACGGACGGGCCGCACCUGAAGCUCAAGUACCUGCUGGACCUGGAGCGGCUCCAGCGCCGCCGCAACGAGGAGAUUUUCCGUGUGCGCUCCCCCGGCUCGRCCGCGGCCAUCGCCAUCCACGUGUCCGGCGACAGCGGCGUGUCCUGGAGCUGCGAAUGCUCCGAGAGCCGCCAGCACUUCUGCGACUUCCCCGACAUCGCCGACAUCAGCAUCAAGCAGGCGGCGAGCCGGGACGGCGGCGCCGUGGAGAACCGGCUGGUCACCGUCACCAAGGCGGACAACCGGGUGCUGGAGGUGGAGUUCCCCACGCUGAGGGAGGCUCGGUCCUUCGUGGCUCUGCUGGACGGAUACUACCGGCUGACRGCGGAUGCCCAGCACUAUUUCUGCAAGGAGGUGGCCCCGCCGCGGCUGCUGGAGGACCUGGAAAAUCAGUGCCACGGGCCCAUCAGCGCCGAGUUCGCGGUGAACAAGCUGGAGGCGGCCGGGGGUGCCCCGGGGCUGUUCCUGCUGCGCCGCAGCCCCCAGGAUUUCGACAGCUACCUGCUGACCGUGUGCGUGCAGGAGGACAAAAAAAUCCCACACGGGAACGUCUCCGGGAAGAAGGUGCUGCUGGCACGGGAGGGGGACACGGCCGGGGGGAGCCCCCCGUUCAUCAAACUCAACGACCCCGGGGUCAGCGUCACCGUGCUGGCCCGGGAUGUGCUGGUGGAGCGGAUCCCGUGGGUGGCUCCUGAGUGUGUGAGCGAUCCCGGGAGCCUGGCGCUGCCGGCCGACAAGUGGGGCUUCGGAGCGACCCUCUGGGAGAUCUUCAGYGGGGGAAACGUGCCCCUGAGCCUGCUGGAGCCCCACAGGAAGCUGGAGUUCUACCAGAGUCACCAGCAGCUCCCAGCUCCCAAGUGGCCCGAGCUGGCCGCGCUGCUGGCCCAGUGCCUGGACUACGAGCCCCAGCGCCGGCCCUGCUUCCGCGCCCUCAUCCGCGACCUCAACAGCCUCAUCACCUCUGACUACGAGCUGCUCUCGGACCUGUCCCCCACGGAUGUGACCAUACGGGAUGGCUUUUGGGGACACGAAUCCCUGGCCAUGAGCCGGGAUCCUGAGAACUUCCAGGAGAGGCACCUYAAGUACAUCUCGCUGCUGGGCAAGAUUCCAGCAGCCUCAUCCCGGCCGGAUAAAUCCCACACUGACCGGCGGGUUGGGAUCCAGCCGGGAUGUUCCCCCCCCCAGGGCAUUGUCCAUCCCUGGGGUCACUCCGAUGUCCCCUCCGAUGUCCCCUCCGGUGUCCCCUCCCCUCCCUGGAGCCGCCGCCUCCCGCAGGGCAUGGAGUACCUGGGGUCGCGGCGCUGCGUGCACCGGGACCUGGCCAGCCGCAACAUCCUGGUGGAGAGCGACAGCCACGUCAAGAUCGGCGACUUCGGGCUGGCCAAGCUGCUCCCGCACGACAAGGAUUACUACGUGGUGCGGGAGCCCGGCCAGAGCCCCGUGUUUUGGUACGCGCCGGAAUCGCUGGCUGACAACAUCUUCUCCUACGCCUCGGACGCCUGGAGCUUCGGCGUGCUGCUCUACGAGCUCUUCACCUACAGCUCCAAGAGCCGGAGCCCCUCGGAGGAAUUCCUGCGGAUGAUGGGCACGGGCAAACCGGCGCAGAUCAUCUGCCACCUUCUGGAGCUCCUCAAGGACAACCGGCGGCUCCCGGCGCCCUCCGGCUGCCCGGCCGAGGUGUACGCGCUGAUGAUGAGCUGCUGGGCUUUCACCCCCGCUGCCAGACCCACUUUUGGGGAGCUGUCCCCCAAAAUCGAGGCGCUGCGGGAUGGGCGGAGCAAAGCCCGGGGGUAGCCCCGCGUUGGGACACUCCAAUGUGUCCCCAAAUGGCCACGGUGGCGCUUCCUUGUGCUUUGAGGGGUACAGUGUGGGGCAGGAGACCCCCAGCCCCAUUUCCCA